AGGAGCUGGCGGCGGGGAUGUUUGGUGCCGCAAGACCCAGAGCGUGGCGCCCCCCGCAGGUGGCUCGGCGAACUGCGGCAGCAAAGGGAUAAAAAGGAUGCGCUCGGGCAGCGGCAGUUCCAAACGGGUCCGGGCUUGUGCACACGAUGGCCGAGAGGCAGCUCCCACCUUACCUGAACCUGGCCGAACUCACCGCCUCCCAGUUCCUGGAAGUCUGGAAACAUUACGAUGCAGACGGUAACGGGUACAUUGAGGGCAAAGAACUGGAGAAUUUCAUCCGAGAACUGCAGCGAGUGAGGAGAGGCGCCGGCGUGGAAAUACAGAUGAGGGAAUUUAUGGAAAAAUACGACAAGAAUGCGGAUGGGAGGAUUGAGAUGGCAGAGCUUGCCCAGAUUCUCCCAACAGAAGAGAACUUCUUGCUGUGCUUCCGGCAGUGUGUACGGUCCAGCGGAGAGUUCAUGGAGGCUUGGCGGAAAUACGAUUCAGACUGUAGCGGGUACAUCGAAGCAAAUGAACUGAAGAGCUUCCUGGCGGACCUCUUGAAGAAAGCAAACAAACACUACGACGACAAGAAGCUGCAGGAAUACACACAAACAAUACUGAAAAUGUUUGAUGCAAAUGGCGAUGGGAAACUGGGUCUUUCAGAGAUGGCACGUUUAUUACCUGUCCAUGAAAAUUUUUUGCUAAAGUUUCAGGAUGACAGAGGAUCAAAGGGCAUGAAACUGAAUGCCGAGGAGUUCAAUGCAAUAUUCACAUUUUAUGACAGGGAUGGAAACGGUUACAUCGACAGUCAUGAGCUAGAUGCAUUACUGAGAGAUUUGUAUGAGAGAAAUAAAAAGGAGAUGGAUAUUAAGAAAGUAACUGCAUACAAGAAAAAUAUCUUGUCCCUGUCGCAUGGGGGCAAACUAUAUCGGCGGGAGCUGGAGAUGAUCCUGUGCACGGAGCCAUUGUAGGGAGAGAUCCAUCAACAAAUUAUGUAAUCCACGCCCCCACCCACCCCACAGAACAUCACCCAGCGCAUGUGCAGUGCGUUCUGGAAACCACAAAUGUGCUUGCAUUGCAGAUUACAAAAUGUCACAAGGGACAAUUCACACAGCAGUCGUCAUUAUUUUCUAUGUAUCUCCUUUUCUGCAUUUUAAAGCAACAAUCUAUACAGCGAUAUACAUAUACACUGUAAUAUAUUUAAAAAAAGCACAUUGUGUUUUGGUAAAUCCUCUUGGUUGCCAAAGGUAUGCCCGAGAUUUAAAGCAGAAAGUCAGUUAUCCAUGAGGCAAAUUUUUUUGCGUGAUUUUGGUACAUUGUACUGUUGUUUUCAUCACUUUGUCCUGACUCUGAAAUUGGAUGGUCUGUAGAAUAAAUGGUAAACUAGAUUAUGAGCUCAUCUGGGACCCAUCAAAGUGAAAGCCCAGAGGGUGUUAGUAACUUCCCAUAUUUUAUCCGCAUUCCCAUAUUUUGUCCCCAUUCAUAUUUCUUGUGGAUCUGCCCUUCACCACUAUAUCUGCCUUUCCCACUGUCACCAUCCCCCCCACCCACCCCUCUUUCCAAGCUCAAUGGUUGAAAUAUAACUCAAUUGUUUAGGUUGUUCAGUUAAGGGAAAUUAAAAUGUUAAAUUCAGAAAAUUGGGACUGAAGAAGAAUGUUGCACAGAACCUCUUCAUCCAAAGAGUAUUUGAGAUAAGAAGUGCAAACCCAAUUUAUGGGGAAGGAUAUUGAAGAAGUCAUCAAUCACCGUGCAGAGCUACUCUGUUUCGGAUACCAAAAUCAAAAUACAAUUGAUGCUGACAAUCUGGUAUAAAUAAGGAAAUUGAGGAGGUCAGGCGCAUCUGGAGAAAAGGCCAAGGUCAACACUAGUGGUCAAUGACCUUUCAUUGAAACUCACAAAAUGGUCUAUGGCCUGAACUGUCAGCAAUUUCUUUACCCACAGAUGCUUCCUGGCAUGCCAAGUAUUGCCAGCUUUUCUCUGGUCUGAGAAGGUGGGCAGGUGAGAUUAGGUGGUUAGAAAGAGCCCCUUCUGCCCAACUGAACGAGCUCAGCUUACAGAACAUGGGUGGUAGGGAACGAAUGUGAUCAAGCCACCGGUCUGUUUAUCAUCUGCCAAAUAUCACUGCAAAUUGUAAUUAGUGUAUGACCUAUGAUAUUUAAACAUGAGACUGGGCAGACUUACUUGAUAUGAACCCAGUUGAUGGGGGGGGGGGAGGUCAAUGGUGUAAAUACAAUGUUAAAGUCUCUCAGUCAUGCAAAUGUAAAUAAUAGUAAUCAGUGAUGUAAAUAGAGUAUUAUAGUCUGUGAGGUAAAUGUAGUGCAUUCCAACAUGGGUUUGCAGUUCAGCAUGUAAUGGCACACCUUCAAAACGCCAGUGAUGUACAUACAAACAUUACAGCCUAUAGAGGAAAUGCAACCCAGCAGUUUGUCCUGUUAUAUGAUGCAAGCACAAAAAAACAUAAUUUGCCUGGGAUUAGUUAUUUAUCAGUCGAUCAGUGGUGUGAAUAUAAACAUUAAAGAUUGUCAGAGGUCAAUGGAUUAUCAAUUGCUGUCUAUUAAUUAUGUAAAUAUAAAAUUUUCAUUCUCAUAAUGUCUAAUUUGUUCUGAAAUGACAUGCAUAAUCUAGAUUCUAUUCAUCUAUCCAGCAAGUUAAUGCAAAUAUUGAUUGCUCAGAUAAGCUGCUACUAUCUAUUCUAACAUAUGCUUUUCACUUGAAUGGGGGGGAGGCCAGGAGAAUGGACAGUAGUUGACAAUGUGGUUAGAGAAGAAGGAGACUUCAUGUAAAUGAGGGGGUACAACCAUUACAAGAGGCAUAAGAGCAAUUAGAUCUGGGGAUAUCUGCAAAAUUUAUUGAAAGUAGCAGCAGAGAUUGAGAAAGUUGCUUUAAAAAAGCUUUCAGGUUCCUGGGCUUUUUGUAAAGCUAGAGUACAAGAACAAGGAAUAAUGAUAAAUCUUUAUAAAACUGGUUCAGCAGAACUGGAGGAAAGAUGUAAAUGCUCAGAAGAAAGUGUGGAAGAGAUUUACUGAAGUGACUCCAGGGAUGAGGGACUGCAGUUCUGUAGAUGGACAGGAGAGGCUGAGAUCAUUCUCCCUAGAACAGAAUAGGUUGUGCAGAGAACUGACAAAGGGAUGGAAUAUCACAAAGGGUAGAGACAGACUUGAUUUCUUUUGACAAAGGGGUAACAAACCAAGGACAGAGUGAAAGUGAUUGAUGACAUUGGCAAAAACUGCUUCAGGCAACAAGAGGUUUGAGGUGGAAUGUGCAGUCGGGAGAUCCAGUUGUAGUGUCCAAGAAGGAGAGGAGAUAGUGCAUGAAAGAGGAGGUUUUGUGAGGCUCAGGAGGUGAAGAGUAGAACCAGCUUGAUUGUUCUUACAUAAAGCCAGUAUGAAAAUGGGCUGAAAGACCUCCUGACUGAUGUUACCACGGUGUGUCUCUGCAGCAUCCUAUACCUUGAUCUCACCUCUCAGCAUCCUCUGUUCUGGCUGAACACCCUAGUUUUGUUUAUUAUUGGCAUGUGUGGAAAGCCUUUGUUGUGUGUUGUAGAAAAAAACUAUACAUUGAUUACAGUCAAGCUGUCUGCAGUGUACAGAUAAAGAGUACAACAUUUUGUGCAAGACAAAGUCUGAUUAAAGAUAAUUCAAAGGUCUCUGAUCAGAUAGAUGGGAGGCCAGGACCUCACUCUAGCUGGUGAGGGCGGUUUGGUUCUUUUAAGUUCUUGUAUCUCCAUUAUUAUAAAUGAAGCUAUUUUACUAUGUCAUUCUUAGGGAUUAUUCUGUGCAUUCCCUCCAAAGCUUGAGUUCCUGGACCUGGACACAUUGCUGGAGGUUGGGUCUGGAUAUGAUGCAGUAAUGCUUGAUGACACCUUCUUGGAUUUAUACUCUCAUUGCCAGAGCAGCCGAUCUUGGCUUACUGAUGUAGGAUUAGGAAUGGAAAGUGAGCAUUAUGUACAAAGGCAGCUGGUAAUACUUUGGAACCUGCUAGUCACAUCAUGGAAGUCCUGAGUCUCCACUACCAAAUGAUUCAACAUACAACUCAGAUAGCACAGUUAAAUUCUGAUAAUCCACUAUCCCAAUAAAUCUCCAGUGUUCAGCAUACUGGUUCACUCAUUACACAUCCAGUCCUUAUUAUCCACAGACCUGGCAUCAGCGGCGGACUGGCCAGGGUGUCAGCUUGCCCGAUGUGAAGUGGGCCCCCUUUGUCUCCUGGCAACCAAUAUUUUUAGACCCAGUUCGCCACUGCCUGCUAUCUAUGUACGUAGGAGAUCGGCCAUACAUACUGCAUUUGUAACCGGAGUCGGAAUUGGAAACACCGGGUGGACUUGCCGCUGAAUGUGGACCAGGUAAGCAAUCAGAGUAAGGACCACCAAACUUAGUUUACCCAGCAACCUUAAAAGGAUUUCAGGAAAAUAAGUAAAGUUCCGGCUCUUGAUUGCUCCCCAGUGAAUCCCAACAGAAAAUGAUUUUAGUUGAUAUUCAGAGAGAGUAACGUCACACUUAGUAGAAUCUGUCUCAAGAAAUAAAUGUUCUACUGACAAUCCUUGCCUGGGCUCUGUUUUUAAUGAGGAGACAGACCACUAUCAAUGCCAUUUCAUGGUACAUUAACGAUAACCAGUGCUUUCAAGUGAGGAGGUGACACGAUUAGAGGGCAAAAAUCACUGAUGCAAAUAAUAACCCAGCUGUCUGAUAACUGACCUUCUGCUGACCAUUAAGUUGUUUUAUUUGCAUUGUACAUGAAUUGGUUUUAGUUUUUACCCAAGUCUCCUGUUUAGAUAAUCUGUAUAAUGGCUACAAAGCUACGUUGCUCCAAAUCAAUUAAAUCUUUUCAUUGAACAAUA